ACUGGAGAAAAAACAGAGCGUCAAAGAUUGCUGGGAAUAAACACGGAGGCCUAACAUGCGCCAGCUGGUUUGAUUCACCGAGGUUCACCUGAGAGUCAACCUACCUGUCGGAUACCGGUAUGUACCCCAACUCACAGUCGGCCAGACACCCGGCUCAGACACUGUCACUGAACGGUCAGUACAUCCAGCCUACUUAUGACUUCACGUAUCAUCACGUCGACCCGUCGACAAGCGCCUGGAACACCGCUUACGCUCCCCGGGAGGAGUAUCCGUUCAGCUUCCCGGGGUCAAGCCCCAGCAUCGGGCAGGUCAGCUUCACCUCCCCGGAGCUGAGCGGCACGCCCACCGCAGCUGGAGGGGGGUCGUUCACCCCCUACAACUUCAUCUCCGGUCAGGACCAACUCGGUUCCAGGACGAGACCACAUGAAUCCAUCAGACCGUCCGUUUCAGGAGGAAAGACUCGCACCAAGGACAAGUACAGAGUAGUGUACACUGACCAGCAGCGCCUGGAGCUGGAGAGUGAGUUUCAGUGCAACCGCUACAUCACAAUGAGGCGGAAGACUGAGCUGUCCAUGGCGCUGAGCCUCUCCGAGAGACAGGUGAAGAUCUGGUUUCAGAACAGACGUGCCAAAGAGAGGAAGAUAACCAGGAAGAAGCUGCAGCAUUCCCAGCAGGCCUCCACUACCACGCCCACCCCACCUGUACUUGGAGGACCCACUGACACCCAUAUGACAGCCAGCCCAGGCAGUAACAUUUUGUCUGAUACGAUAUCAGAGGAAUACUAGGUGGAUCUCAUUCUGUACAAAAGACUGAUGCAGCAUGGGAAGUGUACAUAGUGUGUUUUUUUUGUUUUUUUAAGUUCACCACAGAAUGAACGGAUAUGAUUCACAUCACUGUGAUGUUAUAAUGAUACAGCCCCCUCCUGCCUUUUACAAUAACAAGCACUACAUAUCUGUUGCACUGAUCGUCUAAAAUGGGCAUUUGCCAAUCAUGGGACUUUAAUGUGUCUGUACCAUUUUAAGGAAGAGUCAAACUUAUGUGCCUUCAUUAAACAAAAAGUUAAAGUUAAAGCCACAAAGUAAAAUCAGUUUUAGAAGUUCUUCUUUCUUUAAACUGAAAGGAGGUUAAAAUGUGCCUGCAUCUUGACGAUAGUGUGAUAUCACACACUGAUUAGUUCAAAUAUUCUCAUUUAUCUAUGCCACAUCAGCGAGAAAAAAGGAAGUGUGUUCUUCUGUUUUUUUCUCUUGUUCUAACUGCACGCCAAGGCCCUACUUGAGCCUAAAAAUU